AAAGAGCCUUUUUCCUCCUUGUCAACAGUUAAAUAGUAUUACCUUCAGUAUUAUAAUAUCAGUUUCAGAUAAAGCAACGAUCACUUGAAUGGAGACAAUAACUAUGAUACCAACAAUUUUGUGGUAUUCAAGUGCUCUAGUUAUUGUAACUUGUAUAAGUGCAAUUGUUUUGUCGAUCCAAAAUAACUUUCGACAGCAACAACGGCAACAUAUCCAGCUGCCAAUUGAAUCCACAUCAUUUCUUGAAACAGAUUCUCAACGUGAUGGGAAUAUACCUUUUGCUGAUACAAACCGGCUUGGCCGAUUAAUUCUCAACAGUUUGGCCUCAACAAUAAUUGCUGCUCUUAAACUCAUCAUUUUCCUUAACAGCGACAACCUUGAUAAUAGUAGCAAUGAAGAUAUUAAUGGGAUAACAACAGACUAUGGCAAAGUAACCCCUUAUUAUACCACUGCAAUUCUAUUUAACUUGGUGACCUGGUGCUAUGCUACUAUUCUGGCCUUUGUCUCUUUACGCUAUCGCUUACCUAAUCAAUGGGGUUGGACCCUGAAUGUUCAUUUAUUCAUAAUUUAUGUUGCAGCUUGGGCUGUACAUUUAAAUCAAUUUUGGCAACACAUGAUACUUAUCGACAGUGAUACCAAGAACUUAGAUUGGUGUCAAUCUUUGAUACAUUUAUUACCCGUGUUUUGUGGAUUUGACCUGAUUAUAACAACGGGUACAAUGAAACAAGGACCACCAUUUAUUGCACCAACAGAAAAGCAUGACAACAACGCAACCUUAAACAACGAGCAACAACAUCGUCAAGUGUGUAAUAUCAAUGUUGACUCAAUAUUUGGCAUUUUCUUUCUCAAUUGGUGUACCAAGGUGGUUCGCACAGUAGCCCGCAAAAAGGGUCUUGCCUCUGAUCACGAUUUGCCAAUCCUUACGCCUCGUUAUCGUGCUGAAAAUGUAUACCAUGAGUUUGGUGCAACUCGUAAUAACAUGAAAAAUUACAGCACCAGUAGUAGUUUAAUAUUACGGUUAAUUCGUUGUAAUGGUAGAGCCCUUUGCCUACAAGGCUUCUUGGCGCUUAUUUCUGCUUGGUUUUGGUAUAUACCAGCGUUUUUUAUUAAUCGAUUACUACAAUUCUUGCAGGAUUAUAAUGAUGGUGUGUUGAAAAGAGACCAUCCUAUGCAAUAUGGAUUUUUAUUAGUAGUGGGUAUGGGUGCCUCUUUGGUAGUAGCUGGUAUUGUUAGUGGGCAACAAUGGUAUUAUUCUUCUUGUGAGCUUCAAACACGUAUUCGAACUAUGCUUAAUGUUGAAGUGUAUCGAAAAGCCCUUCGUCGUCGCGAUUUAACUGUUAUCAACAUUAAUUCUUCUUCCACGACAACUUCAUCAAAUACGAAAUACAAGUCAGGUCAAACAUCACUAGUGCCAAACUCAGGAAGCGGCUCUGGAGCUCUUGUCAAUCUCAUGGGCACAGAUGCUAGUCGUGUGGCUGAUUUUGCUGGCUUCUGGUUCCCUCUUCUGUCUGCUCCACUGGAAAUGUUUCUGGGCAUUUAUUUCCUUUACCAACUAAUCGGCGUAUCUUGCUUUUACGGUCUUGUUGUUAUGGUUUUUGUUUUGCCUAUCAAUCACUUUAAUUCCAAGCUGUUCCGUAAAACUCAAGAACAGCUUAUGAAAGCGAGAGAUAUGCGUGUAUCUUUAAUGAAUGAGAUAUUGCUAGGCAUUCGCCAAAUCAAAUUUUUCGCCUGGGAGAAUUUAUGGACGGAAAAGGUUAUGGAAACACGACAAGCGGAACUAGAUCAGUUGAAAGUUACAUAUAUCAACGGAAUCUUUUUCCAAUUUACCUUUCAAGGGGCUCCUGUCAUUGUUACUUUGGUGUCAUUCUUCGCUUUUACAAAGAUAUUUGGCAAUCAUUUAACGCCACCCAUUGCUUUUACAGUUAUCAAUGUCUUUAAUGAAUUGCGUAAGGCACUUAACGUUAUUCCCCUGGUUUUGAUGCAGGCUAUACAAGCUUAUACAAGCAUCCGACGUAUCCAAGAUUUUUUGAACGAAGAUGAAAUUGAUGAGAUAUCAUCGAAUCAAAUACGUAAUAGUUCUAUGGAUACUGAUCACGAUGAAGAAGAAUGUUCCACCGGUUGUAACAGCAGUAAAAGCUUUAUUCUAAGAGAUUUGAACAUUCAGUUUCCAAAUAACGAGCUCAGCCUCAUCAGCGGUGCAACCGGAUCCGGUAAAACAUUGAUGUUGUUGGCUUUACUAGGUGAGGCAGUAAUCCUAAAAGGCAAAGCAUUAUGUCCGCGAGUGCCUGUACUUUCCUUAGUACAUGAUGAAGAUAAUGAUGCAUAUACUGCUUCCACAAAUAGUAGUAACACAUGCAGGACUGGUAGUACUGUUACUAGCGGUGCAUCUGAAAAUAAUUACAUCUUAAAAGAAGAAGCAUGGAUCUCUAGAAACGCUCUUGCGUAUGUUUCUCAAACGCCCUGGUUACAAAACGCCUCUAUUCGUGACAAUAUUCUGUUCGGCUUACCAUUCUCAGCAAUCCGAUAUCAACAAACGCUUUUUGCUUGCGCAUUGGACAAAGAUUUGGCCCAAUUUGAUGAUGGUGAUUUGACUGAAAUAGGAGAGAAGGGUGUCACUUUAAGCGGCGGUCAGAAGGCGCGUGUAGCACUAGCCCGUGCUGUUUAUAGCCGAGCUCAAAUUGUGCUAAUGGAUGAUGUAUUGAGCGCCGUAGAUGCGCACACAGCUAAGCAUUUGUAUCAGCAAUGUUUGUUGGGUCCUUUAAUGAAGGAUAGAACGAGGAUCUUGGUAACUCAUCAUAUAAAGCUAUGUUUCCCUGGAUGCAGUUACUUGGUUCAUUUGAAUAAUGGAAGAGCUGUCUUUAAGGGUACGAAAGAGGAACUGCUCGAAUACCAGCACCAACAACAGAUUAAUAAAAAUAAAUGCAAAGAGGCUAAGAACGAUGAUACUUCAAAUCUGAUCACAUCGACGAAGUUCUUGUUUCAGGAGCUUGCUAUUAAUGCAAAGAAUAACGAAGAUGAUUUAUUAAAAAUUACCGCUGACGAAGAAGAAGCGAUUGAGAAAACUCUUGACCAAAAAAUGGAAGAAGAAAGGAUAACCCUUGGGAAAAAAUGCUCGAAUAAGCAUGACAAAAUCAAUGCUAUACCUCGCGUACUAGUUGAAGAGGAAACCCGAGCUUCGGGAGCUGUGAAACUUCGACUAUAUAAAAGCUACUUGGCUAUGCUGGGAAAAUUUGGUUUUUGGAGCUUAUUGGUCGUUGUGAUAUUAGGUGCUCGAGGUUUUGAGAUUGGUGAAAGUUGGUGGAUCAAAAUCUGGGCACAGUCUUACAGGGAAUACAAUGGAGAAAAUUAUAACGCAACCGUAAAUGAUGGUUUUAUUAAGCAGCAAUAUCAAUCACAGUCAUCUAUUCCUGACGGUGUUACUCAUCUAAACUAUUAUCUUUGUGUCUAUUGCUUAAUUGCAUUCGGAAAUGUAACAGCUGGUGCUAUUCGAUAUGCCGUUCUUUAUUAUGGAUCUCUUCAUGCUAACAGGAAGCUUUAUGCCUCUCUACUUCAAUGCGUUUUUCGAGCCCCCCUCCGGUUCUUCGAUACUACACCUAUCGGCCGUAUACUCAAUAGAUUUUCUAAAGAUUUUGAAGCAAUUGACUCCGGUAUCCCUACCAAUAUGAUGAUAUUCGUUGUACAACUAUUGAUGAUUAUAUCUACAGCUAUUACUAUUUGCUGGGUGCUUCCCGUCAUGAUACUUCCCGUUAUUUUUAUGCUUAUUGUAAACAUCGUUAUUGGAAUUGAUUAUAUUAACAGCUCGCGAGAAUUGAAGCGUUUAGAUGCGGUAAAACGAUCUCCUGUGUUUUCUACUUUCACCGAAACGAUAGCCGGUGCUGCUACCAUUCGUGCUUAUGGUGCCACUCAACGGUUUUUUCACGAUAUGAUGAAUUGUAUCGAUGCUAGUGUUCGUCCCUUCUAUUACUCAUGGGCAAUCAAUCAUUGGAUUAGUGUGCGCUCUUACAUGUCUUCUGCCACUAUCAACUUUAUCGCUUCCGCCUUUGUAAUUUAUAACUUGGGCAAAAUGGAUGUCGCAUUGGCUGGUUUUGGGCUCAGCUUCGUCUUAACGUUUACAGAUAGUAUUUUUUGGGGUAUUCGCCAUUAUACCAAUUUAGAAAUGAACUUUAACUCAAUUGAACGGGUAGUAGAGUUUAUGGAAAUGGAUCAGGAGGCAGCUGCCAUCACUGCGUUAAGACCGCCUGCUCAAUGGCCUACACAUGGUCAGAUUGAAGUCCAAAAUCUUGAAGUAAGAUAUGCCCCAGAUUUAGAUCCUGUUUUGAAGAACAUAUCGUUCUCGAUCAAGCCACAGGAGAAAGUUGGUAUAGUGGGACGAACCGGUAGCGGUAAAUCUACCUUGGCUCUUUCGUUUUUCCGAUUCGUUGAAGCCUCAAAAGGCACAAUCUAUAUUGAUGGCAUCGAUAUUAAAGGAAUAGGAACAGAAGAUUUGAGAUCAAAUUUGACGAUUAUCCCUCAAGAUCCUACAUUGUUCUCUGGUACAUUGCGCUCAAAUAUGGAUCCUUUCGGACAUUUCGAUGAUGAAUCUAUUUUCACCGCUUUCCGCCGUGUGCAACUAACAACCAGCAAUAAAAGUGCUGAUUCUACUGUUGGUAAUAGCAGUUCUUCUCCUGCUACGGAAUCAAUUAUCAAUUCUAGUACAACAAACGUCAAUAUAUUUAAGGAUUUAACGACUAAAGUCGCCGAAGGAGGUAAAAACUUUUCUCAGGGUCAAAGGCAACUGUUAUGUCUAGCUCGUGCUCUGUUGAAACGAAGCCGUAUUGUUUUAAUGGACGAAGCCACGGCAAGUGUUGAUUUUGAAACGGAUAAAGCUAUUCAGAGGACAAUUGCCACUGAAUUUGUUGAUAGUACUAUUCUGUGUAUCGCGCAUCGAUUACACACCGUUAUCGAUUAUGAUCGGAUUUUGGUCUUGGACCAAGGACAGAUUGUAGAAUUUGACAAUCCUUUGAGCUUGAUAUCUGAUUCAACGUCGGUAUUCCAUAAAAUGUGUUUUAAUUCGGGUGAAUAUGAUAGCCUCCUCGAACUUGCUAAGGCAAAACACAAGUUGAUAGAUGCUUAAUUCCGGGGAUACAGUUUUACAUACCCAAAUAAAUUAUAAUGAAUACCUGUGAGGCUGAACUAAGGCAUACAAAGCCCUCUUCCUAUUUUUAACUGAGACCUGUUAAUCUUGACAAGCAAUUUGCCUAUCGUAGUAUAGGUUAAAAGGCUUAAUCAAAAAGUAUGCAGUAACAGACAUGACAGGAAAGUAUCUACAUGUUCGUUCAACAUACCUCAUCUUGUUCUGGUACGACGAUACGUAUC